GUAUUCAAAAACUCCAAAUAAUUCACUUUCAACAUGCAAUUCGAAACGUGGCUAUAAACGAUUUUACGAAUUACCUUUAUGAAUUCGAAUCAAAAUGUUUAUAGUUUUAGUUCAAAUAUAUUUUUCUAAGACUUUUGUUUCUGCUUUUCGAUUUUGCAGUUAAGUUAUUUUUACAAAUCUCAUAUAUGUUUUGAAAAUAAACGUUUUUUUAUAUAGGUUAUUGUUGUAGGAGUAAACAAAUGAAGGUGUUCUCUGUUUCUUUCAGAAUUUGGUUAUGUUAAAUGAGUUUAUUUUGAGUAAUGUGUUGUAAUGUCAUUAUUAACAAUAUAAUUUUGUAUUCAUUGCGGUUAUCUUCAUGGAUCGAAGCAACAUAGCAAUUCCUGUCGUGAAAAUUUGAUCUCUAACUGACUGCCGAAGAAAGGAGUUCAUCUUGAUUUCUCCAUUCUUCUUCAUGUGUGGUAGCCCCGGCCAUGGUCUGAAAUGAGAUGGCCCACUCCGAUGGACUGAUGACCCUCAACUUGAAAUGGGAGGUGGAGGAGGAGGAGACCAUCUGCGGGGUGGACAGCAACUGCGUCAUCUUCCCCGACAACGUCAACGGCCUGCCGAUGGCGGGGGGGAUGGCGGCCGUUCAGGCGGACGGGGCCGGGCAGCCGUUCCACUUCAGCGACCAGGACGUGAUGGGCAUCCAGGUGAUCGAGGAGGAGGUGGUGUGCGACGCGUGGGACAGCGGCCAGAUCGUCGCCGAUGUGGUCAGUGAGGAAAUUGUCGGCGACACGCAAGCAGACUGCAAGGACGAGAAAGUGGACGUGGAAAUCCCACUGCCUCAAGACCAGGACGCGUACACGGUCAUGCGGCCGUACCCUUGCGACUUCUGCAGCCGGAGGUUCCGCAAGAAGGCCAACCUGAUGAACCACAUGGUGUCGCACCAGACGGACAAGCCCCACGGCUGCAAUCUGUGCGGCGUGCGCUACCGGCGCAAGUGCGACCUCAUCAACCACAUGAAGAUCCACGCGUUCCCCCCCGCGCACGCGGGCUACGGCGACGAGGCAGACCGCGCCAGGGGUGCCGCGAGGGGCCGGCGCAAGAAGAUACAGUCGCUGGCCCCCAGCAGGAAGAAGGCCGCCCUGACGUACAACAACCACGGCGGCAGGGACCCGGAACGCGACGACGACCACCCGCACGGCAAGGGGCUGUCGGAGUCCUCCCGGACGGUGGAGUUCUACGACAUGGAGGUGAAGUUCUUCCCGGAGCACGUGGAACCGGGGCCGGCGGACCCCGGGCCCCCGCGGUGGCCCGUGGUGGACGAGACGCGGCCGUACGUGUGCCAGCACUGCGGCGUGGGCUUCGCCCGCGAGAAGGCCCUCGCCUCGCACUCGCGUGUCCACGCCGGGGACAGCCCCUUCGAGUGCAACACUUGCGGGGAGAUGUUCUGGGACGUGGCGCUCCUGCGGGAGCAUGCGAGGAACAAGCACGGCAACAGGUGCAGCACUGACACCGUGCUGGGGAACAGCGACGAGCGUCCGGAAGAGUUCCGCUGCGACGAGUGCGGACUCAGUUUCGAGCGGCAGGAGCUCCUGAAGAGACACCACCACAGGUGCCACGUGAAGAUGGAGCCCGGCACGGAGCACGUGUGCGAGGAGUGCGGGGAGGCAUUCGCCGGCCCCUCGGAGCUGCUGGCCCACUCGGAGAGCCACUCGCGCUACCGCCCGCACCGCUGCAUGCUGUGCGGGGAGUGCUUCGACGACGCGGCGGGCGUGUCGGCCCACAUCCGGCGCCGGCACGGCAGGGCCAUGCCCUCCAACACCUGCGCGCUGUGCGGCAAGACCUGCAAGGACCGACGCUCCCUGCAGAAGCACUCGUGGGUGCACUCAGCCGAGCGCAGCUUCCAGUGCGUCCAGUGCGGCAAGCGCUUCCACAGCCGCGCCAGGCUCAAGAGGCACAUGACGUCGCACCGGGACAAGGCGGUGAGCUGCGAGGUGUGCGGGGAGGAGUUCCCGGACGGGCGCGCGCUCAUCAACCACCGCCACAGCCACAACAAGGACCUGGCCGCGCGGCAGUUCUCCUGCCUGGAGUGCGGCAAGACGUUCGGCUCUCGCAGCAGCCAGCAGAUACACGCCCGCAUCCACACGGGCGAGCGGCCCUACGGCUGCCGCUACUGCUGGAAGGCGUUCGCGGACGGCGGGACCCUUCGCAAGCACGAGCGCAUCCACACGGGCGAGAAGCCGUACGCCUGCGUCAUCUGCCCGCGCGCCUUCAACCAGAGAGUAGUCCUGCGGGAGCACAUCCGGUCGCACCACUCGGGCCCGGACGUGAGCAGCGGCCACCUGGCCGUGUACUCGUGCAAGGUGUGCGCCGUGUCCUUCGGCAGGUCUGAGGAGCUGUGCGCGCACCUGAUCCACCACAGCGACGAGAACACGGCCAAGCACCGCGCGCCCAGCCUCGGGCCGCGCAAGUACAAGCGCAGGCGCCGGUACGGCCACGACGCGCCGCGCUUCCCCAGCGUCGCCAGCUUCGCGCCCGCCGCCGCCGACGAGAAGCCGUCGGACACCGAGUCCGACGCGGAGGUCAGGCGCAAGAUCACCAAGAAGAGGCUCAAGCCCCGGGCGAGGGACCACGCCGGGGAGAACCUGCGCACCGUGGCGAAGACCCUGGAUCUGGUCGUCGACAACAUCAGCUCCCUGGUCCACAAGUCGAGCGUGGCCAAGUCGAAAAGGGAGAAGAUGCUGAGGAAGAAGUACAAGACCGUCGGCUACAACAAGCCGCCCGGCGUCGACCCCAGAGCUUCGGACGGGAAAGCGCACGCACCCAACUACAACGCCGGUGGCUUCGUGAGGAGGACCAAACCGGCGGCCGAGGGAAGGGCUCGUCCGAGGACGAAGAACGUGACUUCCAGCACUCUGGCCGCCCUGAAGGCGGUGAGCGCCAAGCCGGGCCCGGACCGGAACGCGAAGAGCGCCGAAAUGAAUCGUGUGCGACCGAGGACCAAAAACGUUAACUACCACAAUGUUCAACUGGGCAAGCUGACUCCCGCGGUGUUCCCGAACAACCUGAAGACCAAAGCCGGCAAGAAAGGCGAAGGGACGGCGGUGGCGGCGAGAGACGAAAGCGCCGGUCCUGCUGAGAAGUCUUCGAAAGCCAAAGUUUCUCAAGCUGCGAAAAGUGUUUGCGGCGUAGAAGACGAGUUGAAUGGCAAUUUCAGGUGUGAAAUGUGCAGUGAAACGUUUUCAAGGAGGUCUGAGCUUUUGGUACAUGUAUCAAUUCACAUUUGAGUGGGUUACAGGUGAAAGUUGUCCAUUUCGAAGAGACCAUAUUCGUGUGUUGUUCUUUGUCUGUACCUGUUCAAGAAUAAACUUAAUUGAUUGUUAUCAUGCUUGGGACAGGCAUGUUUAUUAAUUUAGCACUCUUUUUUUAAUUUAAUUAUUGUUUGAUACACUGUCAGUUUUAAUUCUGUCAAAUUAGAAACUAUAUAUUUAAAUUUUUCAUGCACUUUCUGUAUAACAAUAAAUACUAUUGCAUUUUGUGGAAGUGAAUUUGAUGGUUGUUUUGUGAAGUAAGACUGUUGUGUUAGCCAAAUAUCAGUGAAGCAAUAACUAUUUAGGAGUUAUGUGUUGUACUGAGGACUUUGUUUAGGAAUGAAAUUUUGUUAUAUUUUAUAAUUAUAAGUUUCAUUUGCCAUAACUGACUCUUAAAAAGUUGUAAAUGCUGUGUGAUUUUUCACACAUCCAGGUGAUACAGGUAAAGUGUACGUGAACAUAGAGAUUUUGUACUCGAAAUUGGUAUUUUGCUGCUGAUGAAACUAAUUGUUGACAGUUUUUAGAAAAUGUGUUUGAAAAGAAACUAGACAAAUAUGUUGCAGCUACAGUUUAAUGUGUUACCUGUUGAUACUUUUUUGAGGAUAGAAUAUUUAUAUUUGGAGGCUAAUUUUUUCAGUCUACAGGUGUGAAGUACAACAGUCAUUGCGACUGAAAUACCAGAUUCUAUUCAGAAAAACCUAUGUACGUAGAACCGAAAAACCUAUGUACGUAGAACCGACACUUACUUUAGUGCAAUAUUCUUACAAACUGUGGACUUUUACCUUUGAUUGAAAAUAAUGUAUUUCCCUAAUACGUGUGCUAAUAAAAUAAAACCAGUUGUCA